AUGAUCCUGGCUAACAUCCUCCUCCUGCACGUCCCCACGACCGUCCUGACCUAUGGAUCCAAUGUCAACCAUCCGACUUCCACCUUUAUCAAUGGCUACAACAUCAUGGAGAAGAUUCAGAUGACGGGAUUCACCAUCCAAGAGGGCAUCAUCUCGGGGCUGUACGUUUACCAUACGGUCAAAAUUCUGCAAUCCGCCUCGCAGCAGAAACGGGAGAACCGGAGGAUUAUGCAGCAGCUCGUGGGGAUCAACGUCCUGAUCAUCAUCAUGGACCUUGCGCUCCUGGGUCUCGAGUACGCCAGUGAGUACGCGAUCCAGAUCACACUGAAGGGCGCCGUCUACAGCCUGAAGUUGAAGCUCGAAUUUGCCGUCCUGGGCAGACUCGUCGAUUUCGUCCGCCUAGCCCGUCACGCGAACUCGGCGAACAGUUUCCGUCUAGGCUCCCUGCGGUAUACCGCUGACCAGGGGGCAGGGGCUCCAUCGACGCGGGCAGAUGAUCCGCAUUUCUAUGGAGAAACCGUCGCGGACGCUGUCGUGAGGCCACCGCAGAACUCGAGCGAGGAGCAGCUUAAUAUCCCUUUGGGGAUGAUUCUGACCAAGACGGAAUUUUCCACCAGCGUCGAGAAAAGACCGCCGCCGGAAUAUGAUCGAGAUACUGACGGUAGUUUCUUUUUUGCCCAUCUCUAA